AUCUCGCCUUUUACUCCCUUAACGAAACCCCCAUCCACCCUCAAAACCACCUUCACCAUGUCUGACGAGCAGCACGAUGUCACCUUCGAGUCCGCCGAUGCCGGCGCCUCGACCACCUACCCCAUGCAGUGCUCUGCUCUGCGCAAGAACGGUCACGUCGUUAUCAAGGGCCGCCCCUGCAAGAUCUGGGAGAUGUCCACCUCCAAGACCGGCAAGCACGGUCACGCCAAGGUCCACAUGGUCGCCGUCGACAUCUUCACCGGCAAGAAGCUCGAGGAUCUCUCCCCCUCCACCCACAACAUGGACGUCCCCGUCGUCCUCCGCAAGGAGUACCAGCUUCUUGACAUCACCGACGAUGACUUCCUUUCCCUGAUGAAGGAUGACGGUGACACCAAGGACGAUGUCAAGCUCCCCGAGGGCGAGAUUGGCCAGCGUAUCGUCAAGCUUUUCCGUGAAGAGGAGAAGGACGUCAACGUCAUCAUCCAGACCGCCAUGGGUGAGGAGGCUGCCAUUGAUGCCAAGGAGGCUCCUCAGGGCAAAUAAGUGCAAUAAUCCUGAGUCUCCCACAUGUUAUGUCAACCUUUAUGUUUCAAAUGGGGCUUCUGUCCCCCCAAAAAAUUCAUCUUCAAUGGUUCCAUGGAGGAUGCGAAUCCUUGGUCGAUUGACGAAAUAGUCUGUUGCUUCAAAGAUGCAUCCAUCAUCUAGCCUUGGAUGUAGGCUGCUGUACCGACGAGAAGGAUUGCUUUGGUUGGCAUUAUACGUGUUGUCCGAAGACCAGUUCUGAGUCCCAGCAUCUCAUGAUAGUGUGACGAACGAAUAAAUACGUAAACCUUGCUUGAUCUUAAUA